AUGGACUGUGCAAGCACUGACGACGCAGGUUGUGCAGACGUCAGACUCCCGUGUGAACUGGACGCUGCUGUACAGCAGACACCACCUGCAGAUGCUUUCCCCUUGGCGCUGGCAGAGCGUUUGAUUCGUCUUGCCCCGGAAGGUUCGGAAAGUGCGCUUCAACGGCUUGUCGCACGAGAGCGCGAAAAAACGCGCUCCGGGGUCCGCACUGCGGGUUCGAAGCCGUUUAACAGCGACUUGGAUGCAAAGGCCUUAUUGGAACUGGCAGCGUGGAGCUCUACGCACGGCGACAUAGGUCUGCGAGCUUCGUUUCUGAGCGCGUGCGAGCGCGUCGCGCGGGAAACCAGCCUAGUGGCUCGGCACGCAGCGAGCGCCCUGUGCGGCAAACUGGAGGGUGAACGCUUCGGUGCCCUGGAGGGAUCGACACCCGCACCCGCACCCGUCACGCUUUCACUGGGUUGUCCACUUCUUGACCAAGUUGUGUGCAUACGUUGUGGUGCAGUGACAGAGGUUUACGGCGAGGCUGGAAGUGGGAAGACACAGUUUCUCCUCCAACUUGCUGCUCGAAAUCGUGGAAUGACACUAUAUCUGCACACAGAAAACGGUCGCUUUCCGUCUGAACGCCUCGUUGAUAUUGCACGAGCAACAGCUUCUUCCGCAGAUAACGAUGGCAACGACAUCGCUCGUUCACCGGAAAGCAUCCUGAACCGCAUUCUCGUGGAAACGGGUGCGCAUGUGGCGCGCUCACCGCUCUCGCUUUCACGUUACAUUCGCGGGCCGUUUCGAAAGUUCCUUGAACACUCUCCGGAUCCAAAGCUGCUAAUUAUCGAUAGUAUCGCUGCUGUGAUUCGGCAUGCGUAUGAAAAUCGGAAAAGAGGAGCGUUAUCGAAGCGUGCUCGUUGGGUUUUCCGCUUCGUGAAUACACUUCGUCUCCUCAUGCGCGAACACCGUUCACUUGCAGUGGUGGCAUCGAAUCAAGUCGCCCAGCGAGCUGACGGAGAGCUUGUGCCGGCACUCGGCGCUGUCUGGUCGCAAUGCGUUAACACCCGUAUCCGGUUACAGCGCAGUGUUCGCGGAGUCUUUCCAUCUCAGUCAGAUGCGGCAUCGACUCCAGCAGGUGCACUGCGCUCUGCGAGCGUUUGUUUCAGCGACUGGGGUCCGGAACCCGGCACACUCGUAACCUUCCAGAUUGAUGAGUCCGGUGUACAUGGACAGCACCGAGGCUUCGUUCGGUCGCACUAG